AUGUCAUUCGAUGAUAAGGAGAAGACUGCCAGUGCGGUUGCGCAGUCAGCUUCAGGGGAUGAAUAUGCCGUUCGCGAGGGAAGCACAGAAUACACAGCUGCCGAAGGCUUGAACUCUUCGAUAGUGACGUAUCAAGAUGCGAGUGGUGCACCGGUCGAGACAGAAUCACCUCUAGGAUACUCCGUCGACGUCCUGGUGGGAAUCUGCCUGAAUGUCAAUCAGAUGAUCGGAACUGGAAUUUUCUCAACGCCGGCUGCGAUCCUCAAGGGUGUCGGAUCCGUGGGUCUUUCAAUGGUAUACUGGUUCAUCGGAUACUUGAUAGCCCAGUGUAGUCAGGUUCUAUACCUCGAGUUCUUGUCCUAUUUCCCCAGCCGGUCAGGAUCCGAAGUUGUCUACCUGGAACAAGCGUAUCUGAAACCGAAAUACUUCUUCCCGACGGUCUAUGCGAUGAAGCAUGUUAUUUUUGCCUUUGGCAGCAGUAAUGCGGUCGUCUUGGCACAGUAUCUCUUUGCGAUUGGUGGGAGAUCCUACACGAAUUGGCAGGUCAAGGGAGUUGCCGUUGCAGCAUAUACAGUUGCAGUGAUUGUGGUUGCGUCAAACACCAAAUGGUCAUUGAGGGUUGUGGUUGUGUUUGGCAUUAUCAAACUUCUGACCUUGUUGCUAAUUUCAAUCGCCGGAUUCGUCGUUUUGGGCGGACAUACCCAAGUGGCAGACCCUAUGGAAAACUGGCGAAAUGCAUGGGAAGGUACAGAGACUGCUAGCGCCUAUGGCGCCACAAACGCCAUGAUCAAGCUGGUUUUCUCCUAUGCUGGCUACCAAAACGUCUUCAGUCUUGCGAACGAGAUGAAGAACCCCGUGAAAAGGCUCCGGUGGAGUGCCCCGCUGUCCCUCAUUGUCGUCGCCAUCCUGUACAUCCUCGUCAACGUCGCGUAUUUCUCCGCAUCAACGAGGGAGGAGAUCCUUGCAUCUAAGCAGAUUGCAGCAAGCAUCUUCUUUCAGAAAGUAUUCGGUACAUCCAAGGCUGCUCGCGCCCUGAGCGUCCUCAUCGUCAUCAGUUCAUUUGGAAACUUGGUCGCCUCGAUGAUCGCCACCUCUCGCAUGCUCCGAGAAACAGGAAGACAAGGACUCCUCCCCUGGCCCAAGUACUGGACAUCCACUAAGCCCCUGGGAACCCCCAUUGGGCCCUUGUUGGUGCAAUGGACAAUCACAGUCAUCAUGAUCAUCGGCCCACCAGCUGGAGACGCCUUUAAUUUCAUCGUCGACCUUGCGGUCUACCCAGGCCAGAUCUUCUACUUGCUAAUCGCCAUCGGACUUAUUCUGAUUCGACGACGUCGAAACGCACUCAACCUGCCACGCCCGGAAUUCAGAGCAUGGAACAUUGCUCUCGGAUUUACCAUUCUAGUUGAUGUAUACAUGCUCAUUGCGCCUUGGUAUCCACCAACUGGAGGCGCAAACGGUGGAGAUGUCAGUUUCUGGUACGGAACGUAUCUGGCAGUUGGCGCCGGGCUAUUGGCGCUCUGCGGUAUCUAUUAUUACUUCUGGAUCUCCGUGAUUCCCAAGUGGAAGGGAUACCAGUAUAGACAGACUAUUGUCAAGUAUGACGAUGGUGCUGUUACGCAUAAAAUGGUCCGGGUCCCGAAGGCUGAUUUGGUCUCGUGGGAUGAGAGCCAUGAUGCUGCUGGUCGACUUCGUCACGCGGUGGCACGUUAA